AUGAAUACGUUCGCAAUCAGCCCCGAGCAACUAUUCGCAGACGGCCGUUUCUCAGAAGCCAAAGCCCUACAAACGUACAUCGCGAGUCAACAAACGGGCAGCACAGUCGGCGAGAACGGUGAAAGAGUACCGGCAGCAGGUGGGAGUGGCUUACCAAACGCACGUCCGUAUAACCUGGUAGCAGAGGACCUCUCAUCUCACACGGAGAGUAGCGAGACCGUCCCAUUGGCAGACCAGUUCAGGCCGCCAACAUAUCGACCUAGCCCCUUCUUAACCGACCCAGAAAUCCCCAACACAGUCCACACCGCCCAAGCUCAGACGUUCACCGCGGUUAGGAUGCCGACACGAAUGGGAGCAACCACUACAACUCCCGGACCCAGAGGACCAACAGCUCCGUCGGAGGUGUGUCCAUACAUGACGUUACAGCCCUCCACCCAACUUGCUCCACACAACGCACCACCCAUCGUACGAUUCGAUAAUCCCGGUCUUGUAACCACAACGGUGACAGGACAACAAACCCGGGAAGACAUUGAGGAAAUGGAGCAAGUAAAAGUUUUGAUGGCCUCAAAAAGGGGGCGGAUGGUACUUCGGAACGGCGACGUGGUGGAAAAUGGUCGGUUAUUGGUAGCAGACACGUCAGAAGAGAUGGAAAAGGGCCUACCUCAACUAUCCCCGGUCUUGAGACAUUGGCUCAAAACCUUCCGAUCCUAUAUUCCCCUGACUGCGUUCAACAAAUACUUCCUGAUUGACGACCAAACGGAAUGGAGCAGAAGGAAGGCCCCAUCUGAGUCGAAGAUCGAAGACGGCAACGCCUCCCUCAGGGUGUAUGGCAGACAGCCUCCACCCGACGAACUGGCGAUGCAGUUCGAGGAGUGGAUCGACUGCAUGGGCCUAUUCAUCAAAUACGUUGCAGAUGUGGGAUGGCAGACGUUAGCUGAACGUUUUGACGGCCAUCGGUUAGUGGUGAUGGACCUACGUGAAAGUUACGGGUGGAUGGUAGCACUCCGUUACUGUAUUCGGAUCCGCCAAGGAGUGAUGAGAGAGUCCGUGGAUAAUAGAAUCCGAAACUUUAGCAAACUGCAAUCGGCCAUCUUCGAAGCGGCAAGACUGCAGGCAGACACUCAACAGGAACAAGCGUACCGGACGAACCCAUACGCGACAGGCGGCCCCCUGGCACAUCUGAACCCACAAACCGGGCUACCGCGUAUAACGACCUCGACAGCAACUAAGAGGUCCGCGUACGACGCAGCUUACCAGAAACCACCCGCAGCACCGCAAGUCAUCGGUUAG